AUGUCUUCUCGACGGGAAAGCCACAACGUUUAUGCCACGAGCGACCCCGACAGACAGCGACUCGACAACCGCAUCACCUCUGAACUUGCGCCAAUGCAUGGUAUCGUCCUGGAGUUUGCGUGGCCGCAAGAUUGCAAUAGGCUGCCAGAGCUGGGCGAGUUCUACCUCUGGGAAAGUGAACUUGAUGCGAAGUUGGUGAUUGCAACGUCAGCGGCGACGGGCAAACUCAUGGAACAUGCUCAGGAACUGCGAACGGACGAUGGAAGGCGUGUCCCGGGCCCUCCUUUGCAGAUCCUCAUGUCUGGAAUUGCGCCUCCACACUGUGUCUCACCAUAUCUUCCGGGCAAGGACAUUGAAUUCUCAGUCGACGAGCUUUGCAAAGGCACUGAGGCUGCGGAGAGGAUGGACCGACUCUGGAGAGCAAAAUUUCGCCGAGAAGCACCCCCAACACAAUAA